AUGCCUCCGUUCUUAUGGCUGAGGUAUUUCGACUUGUUUCUCUUGGCGCCAGACUGUUCAACUCAUUCUGUUCCGCCUACAUGCCGUGGACACCAAUUAGGUGCACUUGAAUAUCCUGCAUAUGCCAACAGCGGUGACGUGGCCUCCCUCGCCAUGCUGACAGCGCUGCACGAUUAUUCUUUGCCCGACCACAGUAAUCUUCAGCGCAUGCUUUUGGUGGGAGAUCUUCCAAGACACAAAGCAACACAAGAAGUAAACCUGUUUCCUCAAUGGACAUGGCUCUUCUGUCAGUACAGAACUUUGAUAACAGAAAUCUCCUAG